AGAAAGGCGUGGGUGAAUCUCCAUAAGAAACCCCUUAGAACGUCAUCAAAAUUGUUUGUAGGUUGUAGGUUACGCAAGCCAUCUUAUAUCAUUCACCGAUCAUUAUCGCUCAUUUAGAUGUGCUAAAUUCCGAACCAUUCACUAAACAUUCAAGUGGCCUGCUUCUAGAAUGAACUCCUCAGCGUCGGCGGUCAUUCCUUUCAAUGAUUAACCGAAUCCGAUUUGAUUCCAGAUUCCUCCCAUUUCUUUUGGCAUUGUGACGCAAAUUCGCAAACCCGUGCUAACGACAUUGGAUUUCCCUGAUCGCGGCCCUAACCGUUUGUAGUUCUGUAUAAAACGGGACAAUUUCUCUGCAGAAGGUCAGUCAAUUCGCAACCUCCGCCAAAGAUUCGAACGAUCGUAUUUUUCAAAAAUCCCGUAACCAUUCAAAAUGAUUAAGGUCAUCAGCCUGUUAGUUGUUGUCGCAGUCGCCGCCGCUAGUGCGCAUCCCAUGAAAACCGGUCCAUCCCCCGCUGCUGCCUUGCCACUCCCACAGCUGAUUCACACAUCUAGCAAUGCCCCUGAAGAGGCAACGCUAGCAGCGCAAGCACAAGACGAUCAAAUCACCACCGUAGCCCCGACAGAGGGAGGCUCGUCCGAUGAUAUGGCGAAAGCUGAAACAUUUGGAUUCGGGUUCCACAAGCACAUCUACGUUGCUCCGCAGUAUUACGGAGGAUACUAUGGAGGAUAUGCAGGUGGAUACUAUCCUUACUACCCCCAGUAUUACUCUAGCUACGACUAUGGUUAUCCUUAUUACUACUAAUGUUAAUAUAUAAAAGAAAAUAAAAAUAU